CCUGUGUUGUGUACAAGCCAAUCUUCAGGCUGCAGUGCUACCUAACGGACAGUUGUCUCCUGUUUGCCCGUGACUUAUUUUUAACACGAAGUAUUAAUUGUAGUGUCUACGUCUGGCUAGCAUUUGUACUUUAGCUAACUCAUGCAGCACGCCGUAGAUAUACAGGUAUAACUAGCUGAUCUACCAGGCUAGUGAGCGGUAUGUAUAGCUAGCUAGGUAACAGACCAUAACGUCACGAGAGGAAAAUCGACAUCAAAGGCGGUAUUGGGCUGAUUAAAGGUGUCUUUGCUUUACCUGUACCGGGGAUAAACCAGCAGCAGUGACAGGAUGAACGUGGCUAAAAGUGGAUACCGCGUUUUUUCAGCAAACUCCUCCGCAGCAUGCACAGAAUUGGCAAAGAAGAUCACAGAGCGGCUGGGAGUUGAACUGGGGAAGUCUGUAGUCUAUCAGGAAUCUAACAGAGAAACACGAGUUGAUGUGAAAGAAUCCGUCCGUGGACAGACUAUCUUCAUCAUCCAGACCAUACCACGAGAUGUCAACACAGCCAUCAUGGAGCUGCUGGUUAUGGCCUACGCCCUCAAGACAUCCUGUGCAAAGAAUAUCAUAGGAGUCAUUCCCUACUUUCCCUACAGCAAACAGUGCAAGAUGAGGAAGAGGGGGUCCAUUGUUAGCAAACUGUUAGCCUCAAUGCUUGCUAAAGCAGGAUUAACACACAUCAUCACCAUGGACCUGCAUCAGAAGGAGAUCCAGGGCUUCUUCAGCUUUCCUGUUGACAACCUGCGUGCCUCCCCGUUCUUGAUUCAGUACAUCCAAGAAGAGAUCCCUGAUUACAGAAAUGCCAUCAUUGUAGCAAAGUCCCCAGCAGCAGCUAAGAGGGCUCAGUCAUAUGCAGAACGCCUGCGUUUGGGUCUGGCUGUGAUUCACGGCGAGGCUCAGUGUUCAGAGUCGGACAUGGCCGACGGACGACACUCCCCACCGUGCGUACGCAACAACACAGGACACACAGGCCUGGAGCUGCCUUCAGGCAAACAACAAGCUCCGUUCCCUGGCAUAGAGCUCCCAAUGAUGAUGGCCAAGGAGAAACCUCCCAUCACUGUAGUCGGAGAUGUGGGAGGCAGAAUUGCAAUUAUUGUGGAUGAUAUCAUCGAUGAUGUUGGAGACUUUGUUGCAGCUGCAGAGAUCCUGAAAGAGAGAGGAGCUUAUAAAAUUUAUAUCAUGGCCACACACGGCUUACUGUCAGCUGACGCUCCACGUCUCAUAGAGGAAUCCGCCAUCGAUGAGGUGGUGGUGACAAACACCGUCCCCCAUGAGGUCCAGAAGCUCCAGUGUCCCAAAAUCAAGACCGUGGACGUCAGCAUGAUUUUAGCCGAAGCCAUCCGUCGCAUCCACAAUGGAGAGUCCAUGGCGUACUUGUUCCGCAACAUCACCACGGACGACUAGACUGAGAGAGUGAGGGCUGAGGUGGGUCUGAUAGUGGCCGAGGUUUCAUGAGCUACUGUAUGCACUGUAUCUAGUUUCAUGAGCUACCGUAUGCCCCCCACCCCAAAAAAAGCAUUGUUGACUGACCCCUACUAAAAAAAAAAAAAAAAAAAAAGCAUUGAAAGAACAGCAAAGAAGUGAGCUUUGGUGCAUUUAGCCACAUCUAUAAGCCUUCCCUUGUUUCGCUGUGCUCUUAACUCCUGACUUUGACAUCAGAGAAUUUUUAUUUAAACAUUGCUUUGUAUAACAGUAUGGUACCUCACACUAAGGACUGACCUUCAGCUGUAAAAGACUGUUUACCUACAAUGUUCCUACCACCCUCUUGAUCCCGUCCAUUGGACACUGGGAUUUUUUUUGCUUUUUUUCUUUGCAUUUUAUGGGAUGUUUUGGUGCAAACCAAAUUAACAAGACUGUAAAAACUCCUGCUUAUUGAUGCCUAAACUUUAUUUUUAUGCAGCUUUAUUGCACCAUUUAUGGGAAUGUUUGGAGUAAGACAGUAUGUUUUAACAUCUGCAGAACUACAGAUCUUUAUUUCAUAUUGUAGAUAUUGUAAGGUAAAUUAAAUCCAAAGGUAUAUUAUUCCUUAUCCUCAGUAGUAUUAAGACAAUAAUUAAAAAGAAAUAACGCUGUUAUUCAUCUGCCUUUGAGAUUUCUGCUGCAACCCUAGUAUAAUGGGGGUUAAUGUAAUGUAAUUUCACUGCUCAAAGCACCAGUUUACUUAAAUUUCAAGAGAAAGAUAAAUGAUAUAAGAGCAUGUUGGACAAGCUCAGCAUUUUUCACACCAGUAAAUAAACACAUUUUGAACACCAGUUAUUUUGCUCAAACACAAACCCACAGAAAGGGGAAACAAAGAUCAUGUUUGCAGUGGUCUCUGUGUGUUUGCUGGUGCUGUUUUAGAAACACUACAAAAUACUCUAAGCAGCAAAGUUCUCAGUCUACUCUCUAAUGUAUUGCACCACUCAAACCUGACCUAACCCCAAUAGCAUCAUCACCGUCCUUUAUGAGUGCUAUACCAGCACCUGAAUGCACCCUGUAAGUGGACUUUACUUCAUCCAUUGUGCUUUUAUUUUACUAAGAUAACUGACAAAAUUCCUUAUGCUGGGCUGCUGGGGUAACUUUUUGAGCUGACAGCUGCUUGAAAAGAUUAAAUGUGUUCUACAACAGACAGUUAAUGAUUUUAAGUGCAUUUUAUAGUAAGUUGGCAAAGUACCUGCCAAACUCAUGGAAAGUCUUAAAUGAACCCUUUUAUUUGAGCUUGUGCACCUUUUUCUGCUGUCUGAGUUAACAUCUAAGUGUUUCUCGGGUGGAAAGUUUACUUCUAUGCUGAUUGAGCCUUUUGCUCAGGGAUAUAUACUCUUCAAAUAAGCCAAUGCACAAUUAUUUGUUUAAAUGUUUUUGGUCCUGUUUGACAUGUUGACAGGUGUUUGAGAAUGUCUUCCUUACAUCAGCAGUCCUUCACGGUUUUCUUUUUUAACCUUGUUUUAAAUGCUGGAUUUCUUCUAAUUUGUUGGUGUUGGUAAAAAGUUAGAGGUCACGUGUAUUGAUGCCAUUGCUAUGCAGGCUCGAACCCCCCCCUCCUCUUUAUUAGUAUAUUUCCAGAUGUCAUGCUGUUGCUCCCUCUGGUGUCUUUAUUGAGGAUGUAUAGUUCAGACAUUUAGACCAGUCUGUCUCCAUCUAUGUUGUUUGUCAAUAUGUAUGAUAAUAAAAAAAAGUUGCCUCUU